AUGUGGGUUAAGGAUGUCCUAGGGAAGCACGGUGGGCAGAGAACACAAAACCACGCAAAAAGUGGGGUGGGAAUGAACAGGCGGGGCAAUGCCUUGGACCAGUGUCACUCAUUCGGGGAGGGUGUCACUCAUUCGGAGAGGGUGGGCAGCGGUUCGACGCAAGGAACCAGGGGGAAGCGCUUCCGCUUUUUGUCCUGUCCGCGCAAUUCCCAGCCCUCCGUGCGCCUCUCCGCUUCCGGGAAAGGCCGAGGUCUGUCGGGCCUAGCAGUUGCGCAUGCGCAGAAUACAGCGGCAGUUGCACGCCUGAGUCCGAGCUGCACGAGUGGGUCACGCCUCCUGGCACUUGCUAAGGAACAUGUGGGUGCGCGGGAAAGACCAGCCCUCUGGACUUGUUCUCUCAAGGCAUUGAAAAAUGGCACAGCCACUGGAAAACUGAUAGAUUCUUACCAAGUUAAGCAUAACAUAAGACAAAGAUAUUUCACUCCUGGUGAAUUAGACAAACUGAAUGUGAUGCAUUCAUACUAUGGAACACUACUCAGCAGUAAAAGAGACACGUUCUUGGUACAUACAUACAACUUGGUCUUUCAGAGGACCAGUGGAAGUGAUUUUAUGCAGGGUAAAUGCCCUGAAGUGAAUGAGCCAUCAGGAGGACAGGAAGAGAAUCUGCGUAAGUGGAAGAAAUGUGUUGAACAAAGUGACUGUGAGGAAAGGGCCUUCAUUGUCAUUCUGAAAACCUGCUUUCCACUCUGACUUCUGGGGCAUGGCUGGAUCUUGCUUGAAAUCUCCAGCGACUGCAGUGUACCUGUUCAGCAGCAGCCCAUGUAAUGUUGGUGACAUCGCUGUGUCAGUGUCUUCGAGAUCAAUACAGCCAGGAGUGGAAGCUGACUUCUAUAACUAUAAAAACAAGUUGAGAGAUAGCAAGAGGCUGUCAGGAAGAUAGCUAUUACCAACAUUAUUAUUGUUGUUGUUAUUGUUAUUUUGUCUUUUUUAAGACAGGGUUUCGCUAUGCAGUUCAGGCAGACCUUGAACUCACUUUAUAGCUCAAGCUGCCCUUGAACUCACAGCAAUCCUCCUUCAGCCUCCCAAGGGCUGUGAUUACAAUGUGUGCCACCACAUCUAGCUGUUUUCAGCGUUAUUAUAUUUGAAAUUAUUCCUGUUAACAAGAAAACAAGUGUUUGUACAAAUUCUGUCUGCAAUAUCCACCAUUACAUUAAAUUGGUAAAAAUUUAAACUGGCUCUACUGCAGACUCUGUCUUCAUAUAUUAAUGUUUUAUUUUUUGAGCAUCGUUUUACAGUGGACCUUAUGCUGAAAUCUAGUGUUUUUGUUUUUUGAGAACAUGGAGAAUGUUACAUUCUUACAGAAACAAAUCCUCAAAGGAACAGUUUUAACAAGAUCUCCAGAGUGCUUCCAUUCUCCACAGCAUGGACCUUCCGUCAUUUUAAUGACAAUUGUCACUUCGAAAUGCGGAAUAAGAUUCAAAAGCAAACAUACACUUUUAAGAGUAUACAGAGAGUUAAUGAAAAACAACAUCUAAUCUUUUAACAAUAAAUCUCUAAACAAUAGGAGGAUAAAUUCCUGCCUUUCCUCAUUUAAUGCUGUACUUGACACAUAAUUAUAAAAUGUUUACUAUGGGUCAGGUACUAUUCCUAACACUUUACAUAUAAUAACCCAUUUAUUUCUCAUAACAGAAUUCAGAAGUAGGUAUUAUUAUUAUCAUGCAUAUUUUACAGAUAAAGAAACUUGGGAAUAGAGAAGUUAAAUAUCUUGUUAAGCCUAGGAGGUUGCUGAACUGGAUUUUGAAGAUUUCAUACAAUUUGACUCUAGUAUGUUAUUUUCUUCUAUUUUUCAUGUAUGAGUGCCUUAGAUGGCUUUCUGUUGCUAUAACAAAGUACCUGAGAUAGAGUAUCUAUAAAGAAGAGAAUUAAAGGGCUUACAAUUCUGGAAGCCAAAGAGUAUUGGGUCAUUAUCUGCUCAACUUCUGGUAAGGGCCUCCUGGUGGAGGGUAGCAGGUACCUGUGUGUGCGAGCGCGUGUAGGGGAGAGGUAGAGGAGAGGAGGAGAAAGAGAAGGACGAGGAGAGAAAGGAAGAGAGACAAAAGGUAUUAGGCUUACUUUAUAAUAACUCACUAUCAUGGUAAUCAGUCCAGUCCCACAAGAGUGAGAGUUUAUUCCCAAGAGAAAAACAUUAAUUCCUGGGGAACCAAGAAAACAGGUCUCAACAUGACUAUCCAUGGGGGAAAAUCACAUUCAAAUCAUAGCAAUGAAAAUGGCUAAUGAUGGAAGCAAAGAGCUAAUGAUGUUGAGUACAGUCCUCCGUCAGUCACUUCACUAAGAACAGUUACUUUUAACACGGAAGUACUCAGCAAAAAUUUUCCUUCAAAUUUUAAAAUUUAAUUAAAUUAUAGAUGGAUCAGAUUAUAUAUAUACAUAUAUAUAUACACACACACAUAUAUAAUAUAUGUAUCUGCUAAAGAGGCAGGCAGAGCAAAAAUACAUUUUUAAAGACAGAGGGAUAUUUGGGCAAGGUAGCAAGGUGUAAUCCCAGCACUUGGGAGGUCAAAGCAGAAAGGUUGCCAUGAGUUUGAGGCCAGCCUAUACUACAUAUGGAGUUCAAGACCAGCCUGGCCUAGACUACAUAGUGAGAUCCUGUUUCAGAAAACUAAGCAAACAAAAAUAAAAACACACCAACGGACUGAAGUAUGCAUGUGCUAGUUUUAUCCCCCCUUCAUUUCAUUUAUUUUAAGUAUGAUUUGCUUUACCCAGCUUUUAUAAGACAAACAGAAAUGGGAAUAAAUGACAGCGACACUUUGGAAAAUAGGACAACAAAAGUUCACACAUUGAAGUUUGACUUUACAUUUUCUGUGAUGUGCUAAAGUUAUUACUUGCCAUAGUUUUUUUAGGGAAGUUAUUUUUUAAGAUAUUUGAUUAUGUUGUAAGUUUAUUUUCCUAUACUUGGCUCAGAAAGUAUAGUAAGGUAUUUCUAUUCACUGAAUAAUAAAGUUAGUUGUUUGAGAAACCAGUA